UAGUCGGACAGGAUCGAGUGCAAUGGCUGCAAGGAUUGAGAAGUCUGCCUUUCACGUCCCAACUUUGCAGGAGCUUUGCCAAGUGUUGCAGGAAGGACUGAAGAAAAACUUUGCAAAUGUUCAGGUGUCAGUGGUGGACUGCCCAGACCUCACACAGGAACCAUUCACUUUUGCUGCUGCAGGGAUAUGUGGGAAACCUCGAAUAGCAGAUGUGGGAGGAGUUGAUUAUCUUCUACCACUUCCGCAAACUGAGAAGAUCUAUAAUCUCAAUGUCAUUGCUAACCAAGUGGAAUUGCCUGGCGGUUUUAUCCUUGGAGCUGGAGCAGCAUCAUUUAAAGCUAUGGGUGUGAAUGCAGAGCUUAUGCCUAAUGUCUCAACCAAAGGGGAUGGUAAACCUGAAGUGAAUCACAGUUAUAGUGCCAAAAUAGACCCUGCUACGGGUGGAUGUGUUCUUGAGAAAUACGGAGAAACGUACAAGACCUGUGAUUGUGCACUGCUAGCAAACUUGUUCAUUAGUGAAGGGAAACCAGGAAAGGUUAUUGAAGUAAGAAGCAGCAGAAGAACUGGACAGAGUAACUUUGUGAGCUGUAUGAGGGAAACUCUUGAACAGCACUAUGGAGAUAAGUCUGUAGGAAUGGGAGGGACAUUCCUCAUUCAAACAGGCAAAGCUAAACUUCAUGUUAUGCCGGAGUUUUCUCCCUGUCCUCUAAACAGCAAUGAGGCUGUAAACAAUUGGCUGAAGUUCUUUGACAUGAGUGCUCCUCUCAUCUCCCAGUCAGUGUUUGUAUCCCGUGAUCUGGGAUUUGACCUUCGAUUGGAGCACACCCAUUGUUUCAGCCAUCAUGGAGAAGGUGGACACUAUCACUACGAUACUACCCCAGACAAUGUGGAAUACCAGGGCUACUUUGUGCCUGCAGAAUACCUUUACCGCAUUGACCGUCCUGAGAAGACUCACAAAAUAGGACGGGAUUAGUUACACAUGAUUACAGGUAUUUGUGAAAUUCUUGGAUCCUCUUAAGGACUGUUAAAAACAGGACUUCAUCAUGCACCAUAGAGACAUCAAAACUCAAUGGUUGAUAGAAAGCAAUGAAAUCCAUCUCAUUGACCUUUGGUUGUAUUGUGAUGGCUCCUCAUCCCAAACAUUAAAGAUUUUGGAUGCCUCAAACUCUUAGGAGGUGAAAACAGAGGACAUUUUCUGCACAAAAUACCAUCUUAUUUGAAAAAUGAUGACUAUGAUCAAUCACAUAUGUAAUGCAUCAGUGUUUGUUACCUUGUUCAACAAUGACAGCAGAUUGCUCUCUGAAGCUGUGAAACUAGCAUACAUCUACACGGCCAAAGAUUGAAACAGUUACAUUAUGAAUUUGAGAGAGGGACUCUCCACCACAGAGAGACAAUUCAAAUACAAAAGCCUUGUAGUGUACUGGGAACCCUUUCCUUUACAAGAUUUCUUGUUUACCUAAAUCAUCAAUUCAUCUAAGAGAUUGCAGACCUGCUAAGGAAGAGGCAGAAAUAAUUCCAGUUGAAAGUGUAUUUUUGCUUUCUUCUGUAUGUAAUCUCUGGACAUGAGUAUGAGCUGGCACAUUUUAGACCAAUGGGACACAUGUGUGAUAAUAAAUCAUUUUUAUUUUUAAAUUCACAAAAGCUUGCUGCUGAUGUCAUUACACUGGGUCUACUCUCUUUAAAAGUAAGAAGUUACAAAUCACACGACACCAGGUUAUAGUCCAACAGGUUUAUUUGGAAGCACUGGCUUUCGGAGCGACGCUCCUUCAUCAGGUGGUUGCCUCAGGGCAUCCUUGCUUGCACCGUAUGAGAUAGACAAUGUUGGCUGAGUCACAUGAGUACUUGCCAUGUACAUAGUGGGAGGUGUCCCCACAUGUAAUGGUGGUAAUCCACCGUGACAGGGUUGUAUGGUGUUAUUCUGAAAGUCGGGCAGUUUGCUACGAACAACGAUCUGUUUGUCAUUUGGUGGUUGUUUAAAGGCAAGUAGUGGAGGUGUGGGGAAGGUCUUGGCGAAAUGCUCAUCCUCAUUGAUAAUGUGUUGCAGGCUGUGAAGAACAUGGUGUAGUUUUUUGGCUUCUGCAGACCCUCUCUCACACGCUCACACAUACACGACUGCACUCACACAUGCACCCUCUCACAGACCCUUUAUAUUCUUAUUCACACACAUACACACUCUCUCAGAGACACUCAUAACCCUCCCCCCCACCAACACACACACACCCACAUGCACACAUACACAUCUAGGUUUGUGGGGUGAAUUUGUACUUGCAGAAUUGCAGUUUUUGAGCAAAAUAAAAUGUAUGAAUCCAUGUAAGAUUCUGUAAAUCCCUUUUUUAGAUUAGAAUCAGUCUGACCAUUGGGGCACAGACAGUCUCACACAGGGCACCUCACCUUCAAUGCAUUAUCUGGACCGACGUGACACCAUGUCACUUGAGAAUGUUACUUUUAAAUGUUCUACGAUUUACAUAUGAAAGAACUGAAACCAACAUGGUCAUCCUAAAAGAUGAGAGACUUAACAAACAAUCCAGAUCUUUUUCAAUAUAUAAUUUAAGUUACAUCACUUUGUAAACUUUUACUAUAAAUUCUGUGUCUUAUGAUCUUAUACUCCACAAUCACCUGAUGAAGGAGCGACGCUCCGAAAGCUAGUGCUUCCAAAUAAACCUGUUGGACUAUAACCUGACGUUGUGUGAUUUUUAACUUUGUACACCCCAGUCCAACACUGGCAUCUCCAAAUCAUGAAAGUAGGAAGACUGACUUACAUCACCUUAAAAAUACGUUGAUCAUGGAGAACAAUAGCAAAUGUAAAUUCCGUCUGUGACAGUAACAGCUUCUAAUUCCUUCAGUCAUGCAAUGAAUACUGAAACAUGAGUGCUGUCAUUAGGAUUUCACUAAAGCGUAAUGAUGAGUGUAUUAAAUUUCUCUACUAUGUCAAAUUGAAUUGUGAAAAUCAGUCAACAGUAUAAUUGCAGCAUUUAUCCUCUCUUAACUAGAUUGUAUUUGGAGAGAAUAUUUUGAAAUGUGUGGAAAUUAGGUGAAGUACAAGUAGUUUCAGGUCUAUCGUCGAUGUUGAAGAACUUGCAUGAGUGAAGUAUUUUUUUCUUUUAAUCGUGUAUUUGUGUUAAGCUUGAUAAUCGUUUUCUAAUUUUUAUUGUAUAGUCUUCAGAAUUGUGGACAAUUAUUUUUGAUUGUUUAGAAUGAAUGUGGGUUAUCAUUUCAAAUGUAAAUUUGAGCUCAUUU